CGCACAGGACGCAUGGCGCAUGCCGGGUCAGUAUAUAGUGGUGAUGCAGAACGGAACGCACGUGAACCAGGUGGAGCGCACCGCGCGCAGACUCCGCGCAAAAGCCGCCAAACGCGGAUAUCUGAUCGAAAUACUGCAGACUUAUUCGGGAGCUUUCCAUGGGUUUCUGGUGAAAAUGAGCAGCGAUGUUCUUCACAUGGCAGUAAAGCUGCCCCAUGUGGAAUACAUUGAAGAGGAUUCCUCCAUUUUUGCCCAGAGCAUCCCAUGGAACCUGCAGCGCAUCCUUCAAAACAAACACGAGAGUGGAAAAUACUCACCACCCAAUGAUGGAGCAAAGGUAGGAGUGUAUCUUUUGGACACAAGCGUUCAAGUGACUCAUCGUGAGAUUGAGGACAGGGUGAUGGUGACGGACUUCAACAGUGUGCCAGAGGAGGAUGGGGUCAGAGUUCACAGACAGGCUAGUCAGUGUGACAGUCAUGGCACACACACAGCAGGUGUGGUCAGUGGACGGGACUCAGGUGUAGCUCGAGGUGCCAGUGUAAACAGUGUCCGAGUGUUAAACUGCCAAGGCAAGGGUACCGUGUCAGGAGCUUUGGCAGGUCUGGAGUAUAUCCAGUCAUCUCUGAUGUCUCAGCCUAUCAGACCUGUGAUCGUACUGCUGCCAUUUGUAGGGGGAUUCAGUCGCACACUCAACGCUGCCUGCAGGAAAAUGGUGGAAUCUGACACAGUGCUUAUUGCUGCAGCUGGUAACUACAACGAUGAUGCUUGUCUGUACUCACCAGCCUCAGAGCCAGAGGUGAUAACAGUAGGGGCCGUUAAUUUUGCUGACCAGCCCUUGAGCACUGGGACGACAGGCACCAAUGUGGGCCGCUGCGUGGAUGUGUUCGCACCUGGUGAUGACAUCAUCAGUGCUUCCAGCGAUUGCUCCACCUGCUUCACCACCAAGAGCGGAACAUCACAGGCAGCGGCACAUGUUGCUGGUAUAGCAGCGGUGCUCCUGAAUCUGAGUCCAAACUCCAGCUCUGCUGAGCUUCUGCAGCAGCUCCUCCAUCAUUCAGUGAGACAGAUCAUUAACCCAGAGUCUCUGCCACUGAACCACCGUCUCACUACACCCAACAUGGUGGCCGCCCUGCCCGACUCGACCUCCACACUCAUAGGAGAGGAUCUGCUCUGUAGAUCCGUUUGGUCUGAGAGGUCAGCUGUUAAAGGUUUGGCCACAACUACAGCCCGCUGUCGCCACGGUGAAGAGAUGCUGAGCUGCUCCAGUUUCUCACAAAAUGGAGCAAGAGCUGGAGAAAGAGUGGAGGAGAGAGAUGGGCAGAAAGAGUGUGUUGCUGUCAAUGGGAAUGGAGGGCAUGGUGUGUCCGCUGUAGCGCGCUGCUGCACAGGCCAUAAAGCUCAGUGCCAGAUGUUAGAGAGUCCCAAGAGAGGCGAGGGUGCAGAAUGUCCUCCAGACCACCAGCUGACAGGCUGCAGUUCUUCCUCUCCAUCUGGAGAUGUAUCAGACUCUGAUCUACCUCUACAUGGCAGCCGCAGGGCAUGUCCUGCUAAAAGGGGUGAAAUGUCAUACGCAUCCUGCUGCCACACAUCCUCUCUGGAAUGCCGGCUGAAAGAACACGACCACACGGGUCUCAGUGAGCAGGUGGAGGUUUCAUGUGAGGACUCGUGGACACUGACAGGCUGUCAGGGUCUGUCGCGUGGUUCUGGUGUUCGUGGGGCAUUUGCUUUGGGAAACACCUGUAUAGUUCAUACAUCUGGAGGAGAUAAAGGGACUGCCGCCAUCGCCACCUGCUGCAGGCACCGCCCGUCCCACCAGCCAUCUGACCACUGAGGGAUAUGUGUGCCUCUUUUGUCACUUCUCUAAAUACGUAACCAUGGACAUGACUUCUAUAACACAUAUAACAGUAGGAGGUGUUACACAGUUGAGCUCAGUUCUGUCACUAUGCAAUAUUACACGACAGAGAAGUGCAUUGUAACCAGUUCUGUAUAUAACUAAAUCCAAUCUAGAUACUCAACAAGUGGCACUAUAACACUUAAAACACUUUGAAAGGCCUUUAAACUGCGAAACAUGCAUCAGUGCAUUAAUAUUAGAAUUCUGACGAUAAUUAUUUUUAUGUUACGGCUAUGAAAAUGCUAUACUAUUUUGUUUAAAUAAUAAUAAA